AUGGAGGCUGCAUCUCCUCAAUAUGUGGUUUCACCACCGCCAUACGAGGAGAAGUUUCAAUCUUCCAGAGGAUACCCAACACAGCAGAGUCUACCACCCAUACACCACCAGCAGUCGAACUAUACACCCUUCCGGCCCCGCGCCUACCCUCAUCCUCCCUAUGAUCAGCCGCAACAUCCAUCACAGCCCCAGCAAUGGAACAUUCAAUCGGCUUAUACCCACUAUAAUCCAAUUCAGCAACACCCUCAGGAUCAAUGGCAGCCUGCGCCGUAUGUUGCUCCCUCGAGCAGUCAGCCAUAUCUGCCACCAUCCCAGCCAGAUACCCAACAGCGAUCUCCUAGACAACGGCCAUGUGUUAUUCCCCAAAUCAUGAGCGUCGGAGGAGGUGAAUACAUGAGCCCCUUUGUUCGCACUCGUGCACCCGAACUCGAAAAACAAUACGGCCUUUCCUCAUCCGAGUUACUCGCAUUCAUUGAUGGCCUCAACGAAGCAUUCAUGGCCAAUCCAGCCUUGAAAGUCACAGAUGCUAUCGGAACGAUAGUGGGCUUUGUUCCCCUGCAGACCACCCAAAUUGUCGGCGCCAGUCUCAACGUUGCUGCUGGCAUAGGAACUGCCGGGGUGUCCAUUGUCCGAACAAACCGGUACAUGAAGAAGGCGAAUGAAACCAUUUUCAAGCCAAAGGGCCUACAUGCGCAGAUAUGCAAGACGGAGCGGAUGCUUACCCAGAUUGGAAUGGAAGGCGAUACUGUUGUUUUUGCGAAGAGCCAGUUUCAGGCGAUGAUUGGUAGUUCGCAGGCUCAGGAGCCUAGUGGGAAUACUAUCGCAAGAAGGAUGGAGUCUCUAGGCGAUCGGGUUAUGAAGUUGUCGUUUGAUAGUAUUGCGGCACCCGUGUCACCAGAUAAUUGGGCGAAGAAGCUUGGCUCAUAUGCUGCUCAACAUGCGGAAAAGAAACAACUCAAGGAGCUUGAGAAGAAACAGACCAAGGCCCAAGAAAAAGCCGCUAAAGCUGAGCAGAAACUUACGAAAGCUGAGAAGAAGCAUGGCGUUGAUGAUGGGCAGCUUGAUAAGAUCAGGCGGGAUAUGGAAGGCGUUCAGAACCAGAUACAAUAUCUGGAUCUGACCGAACGGCGCUAUAAAAAACAUCUUAAAGAGCUUCAGCGUGAACAUGGGGAGCUCGAGCGAAAACUCAAACAGCUUGAUGCGCAGAGAUCUCGCAAAAGUGAGCGGGUGGAGAAAAGUACCCGGAAGCGAGACGCAAAGAAUGCAAAGCGGGAUGUCAAGGAGGCGAAGAAGAUCAAAAAGAUCUAUUGGAUUCUCAUCACUACCGAGGAGGAAAGUCCACAGGGCGAUGAUGACUGGGCCGCGGAUGACUCGAACGAAGAGUCAAUCAACAGUGAUACAAAGCGUUAUGAGCUUUGA